CUCCAAAUCAAAACACUAAAAAUUUGACAGCUCGCGCAUCUCAUAACAAUAGGCUGUUGACAUGCCGUUGAAAACGUUAUUGCCAGUUUUAGAAAUACAUUUAUAUAUGUAGAUUACAUAAUUUAAAACGUGCAGCCGUUUUUUGUCAGACUGUCGACGAAUGUUAACCCGAAGAAAGGGUUUAUUUUGGGUAAUUUAUCUAACAGCAUCUGUAGCUCCUCUGUUAGCUGGUUAGCUUCCCCGGCUAAAGAAAGUAGCUCCUUGGCGAUCUAUGGGCUGAACAUGACCAUAUAUAGACCGACCAUAGAGCUCCCUCGCCGGUGAAAUGUAAACGGUGGGUCGGUCAGGAGGAGGCUGACAAACGAAGAGCACAACAAAAGAGACAAACACCGGGGCUCUCUUCAUCAUGUCAUCUGACCAGAUUAUCGCUAUUGUCAUGGAUGACAAAACCUACGAGGUUAAUAAGAAGAAGCUGAUAGAAAAAAGCGACUACUUCCGUGCGCUGUAUAGCUCUGGUAUGAGAGAGUCCACAGAGGACAUGGUACAGUUGCAGGGGCUCAGCGUACCGGGUCUGGAGUUGGUUCUAGAGUUCAUCAACACCUCCAAAGUCCAAAUAGUCAACGAAACUCUGGAGGAUCUCAUCGAGACGGCUUCCUUCUUACAGGUCACCUCCAUCCUCAAACUCCUGACCUCAGAGAUCCGCCUGGAGAACUGCGUGGAGCUGUACAGCCUCUCUGAGGUGUACGGGACUCAUGAUUUGCGUAAUGCAUGCCUCAAGUACAUGAGCUACUACUAUCACCCCAUGCUGAGACGGCCUGAGUUCAGCAGUCUGCCCUCUGCUGUUAUAGACCAAGUCAAGGAGAUGCGCAUGAAAGGCACAGCCACCCUGGUAGCAAUCGGGGACUUCACCUGUCUGUCCCUUGAUGUGCCUGAUCAGGAUGAACCGUGGUCCAUGUUGAGGUAUGGAGAGGUGGAGCAGCGCUGGAAGCCGCUGGCAAACAAUCUGCCUCCAGAUAUGAUCAACGUCAGAGGAUACGGAUCUGCUGUCCUUGACAACUACCUCUUCAUAGUUGGCGGAUACAGGAUGACGAGUCAGGAGAUUUCUGCUGUGCACUGCUAUAACCCCUGCAGGAACGAAUGGAACCAGGUGGCUCCCCUCAACCAGAAGAGGUCCAAUUUUAAGCUGCUGGCAGUACAAGGGAAGCUGUAUGCUGUUGGAGGCCAGUGUCUGGGUACGGUGGAGUGUUAUAGCCCAGAACAGGACUGGUGGACCUGUGUUUCUUCUAUGCCUGACCCACUGGCUGAGUUCUCAGCCUGUGAGUGCCAGGGUAUGAUCUAUGUCAUGGGUGGCUACACUGCAAGAGACAGGAACACCAAUGUCCUCCGCUACUGCCCCACCUCUGACACCUGGACAGUGUUCCGGUCCUGUCCGGCCCACAUCCGCAAGCAGCAGAUGCUCUCGGUGGAAGAUACCAUCUACCUGGUGGGGGGCUACACCCAUGAGCUGGAAUCGGGCCGGCGGCAGCGUCGUCCCAGCCAGACGGAGGAUGUUCUGACAGUGCAGUCCUACAAUGUCACCACGGGGGAGUGGAUCCAGCUGAAGGAGAACACGUCCAAGUCAGGCCUGAACCUGACGUGCACGCUGCACAACGACGGCAUCUACAUCAUGAGCCGGGAUGUCAGCUUGCCCACCAGCCUGGAGCACCGCGUCUUUCUGAAAUACAACAUUUUUUCAGACGCCUGGGAGGCUUUCAGACGCUUCCCGGCUCUGGGACAGAACAUGCUGCUCUGUUCUCUUUAUCUCCCCAAUGUGCUAUGACAACAAGGCACCAGGCAGGGACUUUUAAAACAGACAGAGGAGCCCCGGCAGCAUUAACGGGCCCGUGUGUGGGGUCUGCUGCUCUGAAUGGGGCUGUGUGGUAUCAGCAGGAACAAUACCUCUUUGCCGGGUUGAACACCUCUUGACCUCUGUGCCUGCAAACAAACACACUACGUUGUUUCAUUCUGCUGUGGAUUUCAAUAAAAAAAAAUGAGCUAAAAAUAACAACUCUGUGCCCACAAGUCAACGUCAUAACAGCUAGCUUCAUUAUGUGCCUCUCAUGUGUUAAACAGUCACAGAACUCACUGCUCAUAUGAAAAUAUUUCCAGAAUCCUCAGAUUUGUAGAUACCCGAAUGAGAAAAAUAAAUAUUGUGAGGAAGAAAAAGUUUUUAAACCAGUUCCCAAACUUUCGACUGCUUGGCUGCCAUCUUUGUUUGGAUUUUAGAUGUUUGUUUGGAGCAGCUGGAACAUUUCUUCCGUUAAAUUGAUAGAAGAGUGUUUUAGGUUUCUGGAAAUACUGUCAGAACAGCAGUUAGUGGCUUUAGAGAAACUUAUUGUAAUACUAAUACUUAGGAAGCACAAACAAGAGCUACAUAACAUAUUGCCUCAACUAUGUUCCUGAUGUUUACACUCCAAAUAAGGCAUUGAUGUAUACGUUUAUCUGCUAAAACUACAAACCUUAAACUUAUUUUAACAAACUACAUUUCAUGUCUUUAUGUUCUGCAUAUAGCAGAAGAUUGUGGAAAUGGCUUUGGUUUUACACUGCCAGUUUUAUGGGAAUUAGAAGCUCCUUAGAAGUAGUUUUGGGGUGUGAAGUGAGUCAGAGGGAGCUUUGUGUUGUUUGUGUGCACUCACACAGUCUUAUUUUUCAGAGAUACACUAAGAAAAGCUGAAAGCACAGUUCCAUGAACUGAACAAUGCACAUGUGCCUUCUGCAGCCUCAGUUAAUAGAAACUUAAAAAUGAAUUGAAAGCACAAAAUGCAAGAUUUUGUUAUGUUGCCAGCAACUGACCAAAAACUGCUGUUUCUAUUUUUAUUCUGCUGAUGCAGAUUUUUUUUUUAUUGAGAUACUUUUUGGUUUCUGUGUGAAAUUGUGGGGAUACUUCCUGAGAAGUAAAGUUAACCUUGGAAAGUCUUGUAAGUGUUGGGUAAACAGAGUAUUUGUGGUGUUUGGUUGAUAGAUUUCAGCUUCCCUGCUUUACUUGUUUGUUUUGCAGUUUGGAAAUUUAGGCCACAAUUAAAAGGUUUUCCAGGGA